CCCUCAUAUUCCAUAAGACUAAAUCCCUUCUCUCUCUCUCUCUCUCUCUCUUCCCUUUGUUUCUCUGUCUCUCUCCUUUCCACCUUUAGAAAUUUAAUGUAAAGUUAUGAUAUAAUCGAAGACCAUUCCAAACUACCAAUUCCACCUUCAAUUCCUUCUGUUCUUUGUGUUUUUCUUUCUUUCUGAGUCUCUCUAUUAUUAGUUUCUUUCUUCUAUAAAGAAAGCUCAAGCUUCUUCUAAUUUCUUAUCACUUUGGGUAGGCUGUAAAUCUGUAUCCUCCACUCAUUUCCCUUCCCCUGUUAUGGCUCAGUGUCUUACAACGUACCCAUUUAUUGUUCCUGUUUUUAUAACCUCUUACUUUACCAUUUCAUUUAUCUCUGCCUGAUUCACUCCUUUUUGUACCUUCCUACAGCUUUCUCUUUCACUAUAUUUUUAUCUUCCUUCAUCUUCCCAUUGUUGAUAAAAAGUGAAACAAGGCUUGCUCUUGCUUGAUUGCUUGCUACCAUGGUCUAUGUUUUGCUUCACAUGAUACUCUUCUUCUAGCCCACGCAGAAAUCAGAACCCUUUUUCAGGAAUUUGUAAAGAACAAAAGUUGAAAAAAAUGGCAAAGGACUAUAGUGGCUCACCGAAGCAUCACCAUCUCGAGUCAAGAAGGAAGCGACUGACAUGGAUUCUCGCCGUCAGUGGACUGUGCAUUUUAUCAUACAUGUUGGGGGCAUGGCAGAGCACCACAACGCCGCUCAAUCAAACCGAGGCAAUCUCCAAAGUCGGUUGCCCCGAUCAAACAUUCCCAUCCACCAACACCCAAUCCUCUUCUCCGACGCGUUUGCUCGACUUCGAGAGCCACCACGGCGUCGAAAUCAACAAUACAAUUGAAGCAGUCACCAAGACGAUCUCUCCCUGUGACAUGUCGUACAGUGAAUACACUCCCUGUCAAGAUCCGAUUAGGGCAAGGAAGUUCGAUCGGAGUAUGUUGAAAUACAGAGAGCGCCAUUGUCCUGCCAAGGAAGAACUACUCCUCUGUAUGAUUCCGGCGCCACCAAAGUACAAGACGCCGUUCAAGUGGCCGCAGAGCCGAGAUUAUGCUUGGUACGAUAACAUUCCUCAUAGAGAGCUUAGCAUUGAGAAAGCGGUACAGAAUUGGAUUCAGGUUGAAGGCGAUCGUUUCCGAUUUCCCGGCGGCGGCACGAUGUUCCCUCGCGGUGCCGAUGCUUACAUUGACGACAUUAACGAAUUGAUUCCUCUUACUAAGGGGAAGAUUCGAACCGCCAUUGAUACGGGCUGUGGGGUAGCAAGUUGGGGUGCUUAUUUGCUAAAGAGAGACAUCUUGGCCAUGUCCUUUGCCCCAAGGGAUACUCAUGAAGCUCAAGUUCAAUUUGCUCUAGAGCGUGGAGUUCCUGCAAUGAUUGGUAUCAUGGCCUCUCAAAGGCUCCCGUACCCGGCUCGGGCUUUUGACAUGGCUCAUUGCUCCCGUUGUCUGAUUCCAUGGGCUACUAAUGAUGGAUUGUACUUAAUCGAACUGGACAGAGUUUUGAGACCCGGUGGCUAUUGGAUUCUCUCUGGCCCUCCCAUUCGUUGGAAGAAGUAUUGGAGAGGUUGGGAAAGAACACAAGAGGACUUGAAAGAAGAGCAAGAUUCCAUUGAAGAAGUUGCAAGGAGACUAUGCUGGAAGAAAGUGGUCGAGAAGGAUGAUCUUGCAAUAUGGCAGAAGCCCCUUAACCACAUCCAAUGCAUCAAGAAUAAGAAAGUCUACAAAACACCCCACAUUUGCAAAUCAGACAAUCCUGAUGCUGCUUGGUACCGUAACAUGGAGACGUGCAUUACUCCAUUGCCAGAAGUCAGUGGCUUCGAUGAAGUUGCCGGUGGUGCAGUUGAGAAUUGGCCACAGCGUGCAUUUGCCGUGCCGCCUCGAAUCAGUAGAGGAACAAUAACAGGCAUCACCUCGGAAAAAUUCGAAGAAGAUAACAAACUAUGGAGGGAGAGGAUUACAUAUUACAAAAAGAUGAUCCCCUUGGCGCAAGGACGGUACCGAAACAUAAUGGAUAUGAAUGCAGAUCUCGGUGGAUUCGCAGCCGCUUUGUUGAAGUUUCCAGUGUGGGUUAUGAACGUCGUCCCCGCGAAUUCCGACCAUGACACUUUGGGAGUGAUAUACGAACGUGGCUUAAUCGGAACAUACCAAGAUUGGUGUGAGGCGUUCUCGACGUACCCGAGAACAUAUGACUUAAUCCACGCUAAUGGCAUAUUUAGCAUAUACCAAGAUAGGUGUGAUAUUACUUACAUUCUAUUGGAGAUGGAUAGGAUAUUGAGGCCAGAAGGGACAGUAAUAUUUAGGGAUACAGUGGAAGUAUUGGUGAAGGUUCAAACAAUAACAGAUGGAAUGAAGUGGAAGAGCCAAAUUAUGGAUCAUGAAACUGGGCCAUUUAAUCCUGAGAAGAUUCUUGUGGCUGUUAAAACUUAUUGGACUGGUGAAACCAACCAACAACAAGAGAAACAAGCAUAGUCAAUUUUUAAGAUUACUAAAAGAGUUUGUACUUUUUGUUUUUUUUUUUUUUUUUUUUUGUAUUUUUUUUUUAAAUUUUACUUUCCACAUUUUUCUCACUUAGGUGUGUAAUUUUUCUUGCCUCUUUACUAUUUCCUGUUCCUAUUUUGUAAUUUUCUAAGUAAUUCUUUUUCAAACAUUUAUAUCAUUUGGGACAUUAUUGUUCCAACUUGAAUUUUUGUUAAUCAUAUAUAAUGUUCUUCCCAUCAGAAAA